GUGUGCGCCGCGGGUGCUGGGGGCUCGAGCACCGAGCGCGGAGCUGGUUGAGCCUUCAAAGUCCUAAAACGCGCGGCCGUGGGUUCGGGGUUUAUUGAUUGAAUUCCGCCGGCGCGGGAGCCUCUGCAGAGAGCGAGCGCGAGAGAUGGAGAUGGACAAACGGAUUCAUUUAGAGCUGCGGAACAGGACGCCCUCUGAUGUGAAAGAGCUUGUCCUGGACAACUGUCGGUCGAAUGAAGGCAAAAUUGAAGGCCUGACAGAUGAAUUUGAAGAACUGGAAUUCUUGAGUACAAUCAACGUCGGCCUCACCUCAGUCGCAAACUUACCAAAGUUAAACAAACUCAAGAAGCUUGAACUAAGCGAUAACAGAAUCUCAGGGGGCCUGGAAGUAUUGGCAGAAAAGUGUCCGAACCUUACGCAUCUAAACUUAAGCGGAAAUAAAAUUAAAGACCUCAGCACGAUAGAGCCCCUGAAAAAGUUAGAAAACCUCAAGAGCUUAGACCUUUUCAAUUGCGAGGUGACCAACCUGAACGACUACCGGGAAAACGUGUUUGAGCUCCUCCCGCAGCUCACGUACCUCGAUGGCUACGACCGGGAUGACAAGGAGGCCUCCGACUCAGAUGCCGAGGGCUACGUGGAGGGCCUGGAUGACGACGAGGAGGAGGAGGAUGAGGAGGACGAGGAGGAUGAAGAGUUGUUUGACGAAGACGCUCAGGUAGUGGAAGACGAGGAGGACGAGGACGAGGAGGAGGAGGGCGAAGAGGAGGACGUGAGUGGAGAGGAGGAGGAGGAUGAGGAAGGUUACAACGACGGGGAAGUGGAUGAGGAGGAAGAGGAAGAUGCUGGCGAGGAAGAAAGGGGUCAGAAGCGGAAACGAGACCCCGAAGACGAAGGGGAAGAGGACGACUGAGCGGAAUCACUAUUUUGAAAAAAAUUCCUAUUGUGAUUUGACUGUUUUUACCCGUCUCCCCUCCCCCCUCCUCCAAAUCCUGCCCCCCUGAAACUUAUUUUUUUCUGAUUGUAACGUUGCCGUGGGAACGAGAGGGGAACCGUGUACUGGGGGUCGCGGGGGGGGGGGCGGGAGGGGUGGAAUAAAAGACUAUUUUUACUGCCAUCCUUUAUUUUUUCCCCCUCCUCUUCCUUUGUGUCUGGUUUCGUCCCUGUAAGUACACACCGACUAAGCAUCUGUCCCCCUCCGAUGCCAUGGGCUGGGACAUUUCCUGGUGGGUCCCGGGUCCCUGGAGUUGGCAGAGGGAUGGGGCACUAGACCUCAAUCCAUUUACUCUGAGCCCUGGAGGGCCCAGGCCUGAAGCUGUGUCUGUUCAAGUCUAGCUCUGGUCCUCGCAAUUUCCCUGCAGUUCUUGGGUUGUAAACAGUGGUCUGCAGGCAGGUGGAUUUGGCAUGGGUUCCAGGGCUCUUCCCUGUCGUUCCACUUCCCUGGUCCCUUGCCCAGAGGGUGGCGGGCUCCUGUCGCUGCUGAGACGACACAGUGUCCUGAGGGCUGGGGGACAGGACACCAAACCCAGCGGCCGUGAGCUGGAAUGGCAAAUAAACUGGACCUGGUAGCAUUCACCUGCCGACAUCUGUCUGUCGGCAACAUCAAGAAAACUGGCCUGUGUUUUUCUGGAA